UUAUACUGAUUAUUAUAUAAAUAUAAAAAACCUUUUUAACAUGAAAUUAUUUUCAGUAUAUUAAUAACGUAAAAUCCUGGCGAUUUAAUUUCAAACUCAAUUCCUGGCUACGUUUCUCUCGAUUGUCAAAAUUAUCGUUUCGAUUAUAAUGAUCCUCCGAUGCACGAUUUUGGCUUCAUACAAAAAUUACGUAUGAAACAUAAUUUAAUCUGAUAAAUUAAAUUUGGCUACAGAAGCAAGCCGAUAUUUGUGUGUCUGUGUAAAAAGCUUGCGACCCGAAAAUUUCUACUGGUGAUUAACUUGAGAGUGUAUCAGAGGAUUAAAGAAGUGCAUCUCUUGCCGAAUUCCUCUCGACGAACACCGACGCGCGCGACCCAAGGGGAGCACAAAUCAACCGUCGAGCACGAAAAACGCGAGUUCCAGGAAUGAGAGAGAACGGCCGUACAAAAGGGAUUAAUUGGCACUAGGCCGUGGAUACGGAUCAUCGUGUACGCGCCGCGAGUGUCGCGGUUGCUCGCUCGCGCGCGAGCGGCGGCGGCGCGAGUCAUCGAUUGACGACCGUAAAAGCGAACGGCACUUGGCACGGGAAUCUCUCGAUGUUUAAUUCUCGUUAUCCGUCCUUUCAUCUACUCCCGUUUCAUGCCUCGCUCCUGUCUCUUUGCUUUUCAUUUCUGCGGCAGCGAUCGCAUUAACUGCCGUUCAGCGGUGGAUUUAAGCUUAAACCCGUGAGGCGUACAACCGAUGGCAUCAUCCGAUUAAGACAGCGCACCUAUCUUUCUCGAUCACAACGUGAAAAAAGAUAGAAGAAAAAAAACUCUGAAAUAACCGAAAACAAAUUUGAAAACGGUUAAAUCAAAACGCGAACCUUAUUUUGAUGAAAACACGAUGCAUUAUUCACUCGAAUUGUUCUUGUGAUAAUUUAGAACGUUUAUUUUGAAGACAUAUUGGAAUAUUGAAGCGAUACAUUUUAACGAACUUUAUGCGCUUCUUCUUGAAUAAAAUCUGUUGCUUUAAUUUUGUAUGUGACGAGUAAAUCGAAUCCGAGUGAUUAUUCGAAGACUUGUUACAAGCGGACGUCAUUAGAGUUUCGAAUUCGACGGUGCGUAAAUGGGUGCAUAAAUCCGCUGCUGAUUUUUUUAAUCCUGUCCUCGCGAUUGUGUGUAAUAUUGCUCGCGCACACACUGUCACGCGCGGACGCAUAAUCCAAGAAUCCCGGGGUCCUUCACCGCGACAAAUUUUCUCUCCCCGUUGAAUCGCGCGCGACCGUCUUCGUCGUCUUGGAGGAGAGAGAUAUUCGGCGGAGAGAUAUGCUCGGAUCACGGCGCGCCCUUUGUGAGAACGAAAGAUCGUCCCGAUCGUCGACGUAAUACCCUCCCGCCGCGCGCCGCGAAGAGCGACGUGAGGUCGAGGCCGACGCGCUCUGAUAAUAAAUGAUGUUUUAUCUGUCGUGCGGAUGCCCGGCGGAUAUAGCAUAGCCCGACGGAGGGAGGGAAGAGGAGGGAGAGAAUUGUAAUGCGACGAGGCGUCAAUCUGCUUUUUCGUUCGCGCAGGGUGCGACAAAUCAUGUCGAGGCCGCACCGCACCGUCUCGCCGCUAACACGAGUACAGAGGAAGCUUCGACGAGACGUCGAUGGACAGCUGCAUAUUGGCUACCAUCGACGAGAGCCGCCGAGUCAGUGACUUGUCGGGCGAGUCGAUGAAGGACAGUAACGAGGUGGAAGUGACGUCAUUGGAGGAAGCCAAGUCGGUCAUAGCGGCACUCAGAGCGAGACAGCGGGCACAAGCCCACCAAAUGCUCGCCUGGCGGAGGACCCUUAAAUUGCAGGAGGACCUGGUGGCCCGACUGACGCGUGAGAAGGCCGAGCAGCUGCGGACGUUGUCGUCGCAGCUUCUGCUGUUCGAGUCUAGGCUCUGCAGGAAGCAGAAGGAGAUAGAGGCCAGUCUGAGUCAGCGAGAAUCCAUUAUUCUACGACAACAAAGGGUGAUCCGGCAGUUGCAGAACAGAUUGGCGGAGAGGAGCACGAGCACCAGGGAUUCGCCGCCCUGCGACGCCCUGGACAGACUGGACAGUCUCGGGGACAGCGACAGCGCUGUGGUGCUCGAGGAAACCGCGGACGAUCCUGCCCCACCGAGGUUUCGUUCUAAUAUUACUGACAUAACUGUGAUCCGUUCUGUGUCCGACGCGGUGGAACCGUCGAACAAGUAUUCGUCGAUGCGUCGGUGCAACGGUUUCCUCAGAAGACCGGAGAUUCUGGAAACCGUAUAUUCCGUGGAGGAAGACGGUGACAGCGAGAAUAAUCAGGAUCCAUCGGAGUCGACGGAGAACUCGGAGUACGAAGACAGGAGAACGAAAAACUUGGGCAACGGGAAAGGCAGGCUUCAGGAUCUCUACGGUAGUUUCGAGAGGCUGGCUCAAGACACGGAUUCCCCGCCCAGCGAAAGACCCAGAGACGAAAGCCAGCAGGCGCAGGUGACGUACAAUAGGGUAAUGAGCAAUCACAGAUCCGUGACGAAGCCAAAAGAUGUGAAGUACAAGAGGAUAAAUAAGGCAAAAUCGAAAAGUCUCGAAGAACUCAGAGGACGUCUUAGAAAUUGGGUCGAGAAAGGGAAUAAAAUAGCUAUAUCGUUGGAUCAGUCAUAUGCUUGAGCUUACUACCCCCCCGUAUAUGAAAGUAUAUAAAUUAUUAUUUAAUGAAUGAUUAUAAUGACCGUUGUUAAACGUGUAACGCCCUAAAUUAUAAUUCUACUUGUAAGAUUAAGGAAUGGACUUUUAUCUUUAGUCACUACGGUAUUUAAUUGAAAUAUCAUUGCUCCAUGUGA